AUGGUCCGGGAUCCGGCCCCCUCCCGGCCGGCGCGGCGCGGCGCUGGACCGACUGGCUCCCAGCGGGCCCGCCCCUUCCGGGGCGACGUCACCGCCCCGCCCAGCAACGGCCCCACCUGGCGGAAGUGCGCUCACGACUUCCGCCUCAGCGAGGCGCCGGCUAGAGCGGCGCCACCGGCACCGGGCGCUCUAGGCGGAGCGGACAGGUUGGAGCUUCCCGACACUGCGCGCCCAGACCCGACUGAACCAGUUUCUGGUCCGCUCCGGGCGGCGGUCAACGUGAGCACCCUGGCGCGGGGCACGGGGGUGCGGAGCCCCGGGCGGGGGCCCACUGCGAGCCGCUGGCUGAUCGCAUUGCUGUUGCUGCUGCUGCUGCUGCCGCUGCCCGCCGCCGCCUGGUACAAGCACGUGGCGAGUCCCCGCUACCACACGGUGGGCCGCGCCGCGGGCCUGCUAAUGGGGCUGCGCCGCUCGCCCUACGUGUGGCGCCGCGCACUGCGCCCGGCUGCCGGGCCCCUUGCCUGGGACGGCUUCGGCCUGGGCGUGUCCCCCCAGGGGUCAUCUGCCAGAAGCACCGUCUCUGGGGGGCCCGCCGCCCGCGAUGCUCUGUUGCUUCCCUCCGGAGUUCAGAAACUGUGGGAGGUGCGACGCAGAAGCUCCCGCGCAGGGCUCCCGGUGAGUGCGCCUCGCAGCCCGCGCGCCCCGAAGUCCGCGCCCCAACCGGAGCUGCGGCUGGAAUCCUACUCCUGGACCUCUGAAGAGCAGGCCAGAGCCUUCGGAGUGUCUCCUGCUCAGUCAUGGUCUGCUCAGGGAACCGCCUUCGCCAGCCCCCGCCUCUCCCCAGAGCCGUCCUGA